UAAAUCUGUAAAGCAUUCCUCAUACUACUAUCCAUAAAUAUAGAAACCAUUUUAGAGCUAAAAUAUGCAGUAAAAAUGAUUCUAAUUUUUCUCUUUAUUUAUUUUUAAUUUUUUAUUUUUUUUGCUCUUUCCCAAAGAGCACUGUUUGAUUUGAUCCUGGGCGUAAAGAUAUAAUGUACUGCAGUCGGAUUUUUGCCAUCCUCUGUUUCCACAUGAGCAGGUGCUCGCUGCAUCAGAGCUAUUUAAAUUUGAGAUUUAAGGAGCACAUGUGCGCAUGCGCCGCGCAGUCAUCUGACGAGUGCGCGCAGUUGACGCUUCGCAGAGCCACACAGAGAGGGCCACCGUUCUUACUACGGAGGGAGAGACACACACACUCGGUCUCCGCCGAGUCUCAUCUGUUUCAGGAUUAAAGCACUUUAUCAAACACUGAACCCACAACAAUAGGAGCCGGAGGUUUGAAACCAGACGAGCGGUUGACGAGCGGAGGAAAGAAAUCCUGCUGAAAUGUGGCGGGCGACGCUGGAGUAACGGUUUUGGAGUAAGGCUCGAGGGGGGAGCUGUGUGGGUCUUCCAGGGAUGCCAUGAAAAUCACAGGAGCGGAGUAACACGGGAGAGAGAGACCGCCGCUCCUCGCUACAAUCACAGACACGCCGGGGGCGCUGGUGGCGGUGGUGGCAGAGAGAGCGAGAGAUGGAUCCAGCUGGAAACAUCCGCUUUUUUAGGUAGCGCUUACGAAGAUCCAGGGAGAGCUGACCCGUCUCUGUCGCGCAGUUUGUAGCCGCCGCCGGGGAGCUGUCUCAAAGGAUGGAUUUCAGCCUGCUCCGGAACAUCAUCAGCAGAUACUGUGCAGGGGAGGAGAACUGGGUGGACAGCCGGACGGUGUAUAUCGGCCAUAAAGAACCCCCUCCGGGAGCUGAGGCCUACAUCCCUCAGCGUUAUCCCGACAACCGCAUCGUCUCCUCUAAGUACACCUUCUGGAACUUCAUUCCCAAGAACCUGUUUGAGCAAUUCAGAAGAAUCGCUAACUUCUACUUCUUGGUCAUAUUUUUGGUCCAGCUUAUCAUCGACACCCCCACCAGCCCAGUCACCAGCGGCCUGCCCCUCUUCUUUGUUAUCACCGUCACCGCCAUAAAACAGGGCUAUGAAGAUUGGCUCAGACACAAAGCUGACUGCUCCAUAAACGAGUGUCCGGUGGACGUGGUGCAGCAGGAGAAGGUGGUGAGGACGCAGAGUCACAAACUCCGGGUGGGCGACGUCGUCAUGGUGAGAGAGGACGAGACUUUCCCCUGCGACCUCAUCUUUCUCUCCUCCAGCCGGGACGACGGCACCUGCUACGUCACCACCACCAGCCUCGACGGAGAGUCGAGUCACAAGACCUAUUACGCUGUACCGGAUACCAUGGCCUUUAAAACGGAGCAGGAGGUGGAUUCAUUACAUGCCACUAUUGAAUGUGAACAACCGCAGCCUGACCUCUACAAAUUUGUGGGACGCAUCAACAUUUACAAGGACAAAGAGGAGCCUGUGUCCAGAACCCUAGGAGCUGAGAAUUUACUUCUUAGAGGAGCCACGCUGAAGAACACACAACAUAUUUAUGCUGUUGCAGUCUACACUGGCAUGGAGACCAAGAUGGCGCUUAAUUACCAGUCUAAAUCUCAGAAGCGUUCUGCUGUUGAGAAGUCGAUGAACGCCUUCCUCAUCGUGUACUUGUGCAUCUUGAUCAGUAAAGCUGUAAUCAACACUGUCCUGAAGUACGCCUGGCAGUGGUCGCCUGACCGGGACGAACCCUGGUACAACCACAGGACUGAGAACGAGCGCCAGCGCCAUGUGGUCAUCCGAGCCUUUACAGACUUCCUGGCCUUCAUGGUUCUGUUUAACUACAUCAUCCCAGUAUCCAUGUAUGUCACUGUAGAGAUGCAGAAGUUUCUUGGGUCAUAUUUCAUCACGUGGGAUGAGGAGAUGUUUGAUGAAGAGCUGGGGCAGGGAGCCCAGGUGAACACCUCCGACCUGAACGAAGAGCUGGGACAGGUGGAGUACGUGUUUACUGAUAAGACCGGCACUCUGACUGAGAACAACAUGGAGUUUAUUGAAUGCUGCGUGGAUGGCAAUGUCUACAUCCCACAUGCCAUCUGCAACGGCCAGAUCCUCAGUGCUGCCUCCAGCAUAGACAUGAUCGACUCCUCACCUGGAGGGUACAGGAGAGAAUACGAGGAUCUAUUUUUCCGGGCGCUGUGUCUCUGCCACACGGUGCAGGUGAAGGAGGAGGAGACGGUGGACGGCAUCAAAAGAGGCAUCCAUCAGGGCAGGCCCACUUCCUUUUACAUUUCCUCAUCUCCAGACGAAGUAGCUUUGGUGGAAGGAAUGAAAAGGCUGGGUUACACCUAUCUGCGACUCAAGGACAACUACAUGGAGAUCCUCAACAAAGACGACGAGAUCGAAAGGUUUGAACUCCUCCAUGUGCUGAACUUCGACUCUGUCAGGAGGAGAAUGAGCGUCAUAGUAAAGUCCAUCUCAGGAGAGUACUUGAUGUUCUGCAAAGGUGCAGACUCAUCUAUUUUUCCUCGAGUGGUGUCUGGAAAGGUGGAGCAAGUCAAAACCCACGUGGAGCAGAACGCUGUAGAGGGGCUGCGGACUUUGUGUGUCGCCUACCGAAGGCUGUCAGAGUCGGAGUACCAGGAAGCGUGUCAUUACCUGACCGAAGCCAAGCUGGCCCUGCAGGACAGGGAGCAGAGGCUGGCUCAGGCCUAUGAUGUCAUCGAGAGGGAUUUUGUCCUCCUGGGUGCUACAGCGGUGGAGGACAGGCUGCAGGAGAAAGCUGCGGACACCAUCGAGUCGCUGCAUAAGGCCGGCAUCAAAGUCUGGGUCCUCACGGGGGACAAGAUGGAGACGGCCACCGCCACGUGUUACGCCAGCAAGCUUUUCCGUCGCAGCACCCAGAUUCUGGAGCUGACCAAGAAGCGCACCAAAGAGCAGAGCCUGCACGACGUUCUGUUUGAGCUGAGCAGGACCGUUCUUAGGCAGCGCUCCAUAUCUGGGUUGUCAGUGGACUGCCUCGACUUUGGCCUGAUUAUCGAUGGGGCAACUCUUUCUGCAGUACUAAAACCCAGCCAAGAGGUGUCUGGCCAUGGGAACUACAGAGAGAUCUUUCUUGAAAUCUGUCGCAACUGUAGCGCUGUUCUCUGCUGUCGCAUGGCACCGCUGCAGAAAGCCCAGAUUGUGAAGCUAAUUAAAUCCUCCAAGGAACAUCCUAUAACCCUCGCUGUUGGCGAUGGAGCCAACGAUGUCAGCAUGAUCUUAGAAGCACAUGUUGGCAUUGGCAUCAUGGGUAAAGAAGGCCGACAGGCAGCCAGAAACAGCGAUUAUGCCAUCCCAAAAUUUAAACACCUGAAGAAGAUGCUUCUGGUCCAUGGCCACUACUACUAUAUUCGAAUCGCUGAGCUUGUUCAGUACUUCUUUUACAAGAAUGUGUGCUUCAUCUUCCCUCAGUUCCUGUAUCAGUUCUUCUGUGGUUUCUCACAGCAGCCUCUGUACGACACGGCGUAUUUAACGCUGUACAACAUCAGCUUCACCUCCCUCCCCAUCCUCCUGUACAGCCUGGUCGAGCAGCACGUGACCAUCGACACACUGAAGAGGGAGCCCUCUCUGUACAGGGACAUCGCAAAGAACUCCCUCCUCCGUUGGCCCGUCUUCCUCUACUGGACGUGCCUGGGUGUGUUUGACGCGGUCAUCUUCUUCUUCGGUGCCUACUUCCUGUUCGACAACACCACCUUCACCAGCAAUGGGCAGCUUAUGACCACCAACACACAGAUGAUGUUCGGAAACUGGACGUUUGGGACUCUCAUCUUUACUGUCCUGGUUUUCACCGUAACGCUCAAGCUUGCCUUGGACACGCGUCACUGGACUUGGAUCAACCACUUUGUAAUCUGGGGCUCGCUGCUUUUCUACGUCAUUUUCUCUCUUCUCUGGGGCGGCAUCAUUUGGCCCUUCCUGAACUACCAGAGGAUGUACUACGUGUUUAUGCAGAUGUUGUCCAGUGGUCCAGCGUGGCUCAGCAUCAUCCUUCUUAUUACCGUCAGUCUGCUGCCGGAUGUCAUCAAGAAAGUCCUCUGCAGGGCUAUUUGUCCAACAGCUACUGAGCGAGCACAGGUCAGCCAGAAGCUGCUGCCUGGCAGCGUGGCUGAGGUGACUCCUCUGUCCUUUCGGCGAUCCUACAAAGGCAGGAGCACGGACUCCACCCUCCUCCACCUCGGUGCUGCAGAAACGCUGUCCCUCCACAGCUGCAGUCCUCUUCCCCAGAAACUCCUGGCUCACCUGGCCGAGGGAGGAGGGUCCGACCUGACCUCUCUCAGCCCCUACAUGCUUCGUCUGUCAGGGGCGGGGGUUGCCUAUUACGCUCCUGGACCGGAGACCCCUGUGUGAAAAACCCCCCUGGAAACAUCUGAAGCUGUGUCGUUAAGCUUUCCAUUGCAAGAGUGAAGAAUUUAUUGAACACCCCUCAAAAUCAUGGACUCUCCAUGUUCAUUAUGUGCAUUUUCUGGGGUCCACCUGAGUGGACCACCGUUCUCAUUGCAGUGCCCUGACUCUUUCUGUCAAAGCUCCCAGUCAGAACAGUUGGAGAACUCAAAGGGAGCCUUGAGCAACUGUCUUUUCUUUUGUUUGUUUUUUGCUGGGUUUUUGUGAACUCAUCCCCAUUUUUACUUGCAUUAUUGCUCUUCCUUCACUUUUUUUUGUCAUUUUCAAUUUUAUUUUGUAAAUGUUUGUUAAAAAAAAUUGUUGUUCAUGGACACUCUGUGGUCUGGCCAAGUAAGGGGGUAGCAGUCUUGCUCAGCCCUUUAGGUAUGCGUGCGUAUGCAUGUGCUCUAUAAGUACGCAUGUAAUUGCCUGUUUUUUUGUAUGUUUGUACGUGACACACACCUUUACACCUUUGCCUUACAGGUACGCAGCAGAAGUGGGAGCUAAAGGAGCAAGGCGUGAAAAGGAAUUGGUGUUUUACAAAGCCUUACACAGACACAAACAUGUUCAUUAGAUUUACGGUGCCUUACAAAACUAUUCAUACCUCCUAGACUUUUUCACGUUUUGUCUUGUUGCCACCACAAACUUUAAUUUUGGAGGGCUUCGUGUGACAAAGUAACACAAGUAGGAAAUAAACUUACCAACACAUUGCCGAGGAGAGAGCAUUAAUCAGAAAAGCAUCAAAGAGGACCAUGAUGACUCUGGAGGAGCUGCAGAGUUCCACAGCUCAGAAGUGAGAAUCUGAUAAAUGGAAAUCUGAAGAGGCUACUGCUGGGCUCAGAAGAGAUCAAAACUUUAACUCUUUGGCCUACAUGCAAACAAGUGUGUGUGUGUGGUGAAACUCUAAUCCUGAACACAGCAUUGUGGUGUGAAUGCUUUUCUUCAACUUGGUGAGGGAAGCCGACCAGUGUUUAUGGAAAUGUGAAUGAAACUUCACAAAAUGCUGUUCCUGGAAAAGAAACGGUUUGAAGUUUCUACACAUCAAAGGAUAUUUACGUGUUAUAAUGACCCAGUCAAAGUCCAGCUGUAAAUACUUAAAAUCUGUGGCAAGAUUUUGAUGCACAAAGACACCCUCCAUCCAAUUUGAGUUGUUAUGCAAAGAUGUUGAAAGCUUAUAGACUUAUAGCUGUUAUUACAUAAAAGAUGAACAGCGAACACAUAUCCACUCCAUACUUUUAUUUAUUAAAAACCAUGUAUAAGUUCCCUUCCCCUUAUUCGCCACUUUGUGCUGGUCUGCCACAUGAAAUUCCAAUAAAACACAUCGAAGUCUGCAGUUGCAUUCUGACAGCGUAUGAAAAAGUUUAAGGUUUAUGAAUGUCUUUGAAAGGCACUGUAAAGGAGAGAUGAAGCAACUCAAGAGGAAAGUGCAGUAUUUUAGCCACCCUGCCUUAAUUCGUGGACACCAUUUUCAGUCGGUCAAAUAAAACACAUUUAUGAAAGUACAAGGAUAUUCACAGGGAUUACAUGUCUGUUACAGCGUCUGUUAUCCCCCUGUCUUCUUUCUACCCUCCUAAUUGUGUCAACCUCUGUCUCAUUAAUCUGUCAGCGUAGCAUGUUGAAUUGUCUCUGCAUGCUGUACUGCUCCUCUGUAUAUCAUACCUUGUUGCAGACAUGAUCAUCACAAAGCAUAUCAAGUUAUUUUGUUUUCUUUCUGAUCAGUGAGCAUGCCCUCUGCUGUCACCGUGUGGCCGCUUGAGGUAAUAGACUGGAAAUGCUGGGGUACUGAUUUAUGAAUGUUGCUAUCCCUCACUGUUGCAAUGUGCUUGUGUAUUUGCUGCCAUGAAAACGCUAACGUCAGAAUGCUAAUAUUAGGUAGGUGUGUUACUAGGGGUUGUCUCUGUGUUGCGUUAACUUCUACGUUUUUGUUUUUCUUUUCUGUAAUGCGCUAUAAAAUUAUUGAUGUCAGUGUUAUAUGUAUGGAUGUACAUGACAAAAGAUUUUGCUAUAUAUACAUAUAUAUAGUCUAAAGAAGGUAGAUACAGUUUGUCGGGAAAAGGUGGGAGACUUGAAAAGGCGACGUCACAAUCAAAAUCAAUAAGAAUGUUGAACUGAUUUGUCCAUCAUGUCCUGUAUCUGAAGAUUGUAGCUCAUAAUGGAUGAACCACUUUUCCACAUUUCUGAAAGCAUUUCCGAAGACCUCUUUGUCCAAAGCCUGUCUAGUCUGCUAACAUAGAAAUGUAUUGACUCUGGAAGUCUUGAAUGUGACAUUCUGAAGCAUUUUUUUAUAUGUUUAUACAGUUUAUUUUCAUAUACAUCACCAUCUGCCAACUUGUAUAGAUUUGAUAACAGGUGUUCAGUAUUUUUCUACUGGGCCACAGAUGAUUUAUUACAUUAAUGGAAAGUUUAGGUUCACCCUCUCAGCUUUCAACCCAAAACCUCCAUAAGAGCCACCCUGGGUCAAAACUUCACGUUUUUGUGGUGGUCACUGUGUUGUUGCCAUACUUCUACAUACUGUGCACCAGCCCUAAUACAGCAAUGCUGUAAAGGUUAUUUAUUUUUUUAAAUAUUUGAGUCUUCUGAUUUUCAUCCUGUCAUUCUUGUGUUGUCCAGUGUUCAUAUUUUCCUCGCUAGUUUUGUAUCUCAGAGAGAAGACUAUAUUUUAACUGUUGGAGUGCGUGUUGACGUUUGUAACCAAAGUGAGAGUAAAAUUUAAAUUGUAUGGUUGUGUUAGAGGUACUUAUAGUCCGACACACUGCACUUUGUUUUACAACAGAUCAGUUUUACCCUAAAGAAAACAGCAAGGUCUAUUGCUUGUCAAUUGGAGUUUGUGGUUCACACUUCCUCACGUUAUUUUUCUAAGAUUGUACGGGGUGAGAAUUAAAGAAAGAAAAAAAAAAGAAGUGACCAAAUGACCUGACUAGGAAUGAAAUGUCUGUAGGUGCCAGCCUCUGUCUCAGCGGGUUUAUCACACCAGCCUUCUAUUGCAGAUCAGAAUGUCAAACUGCUUUUUCUAAGUCCAUCAGCACAACAGCGGGUGCUCAUCCAGUCACUCCUGAGCUUGGCAAAAGUCUGAAACAUCGACUGCUCUGCUCCGAGGAGCACACUUCAUAUCAUAGUACCUUUAGUAUGCCACUGUUUGUAUUACUAAACAGUUUUUGACAAAUUACUUGUUUUUUGUUUUGUUUUUGGAUAAAGAUUUUAAAAGUUCACAUGUUGACUUUUUGCCAGCCUGUCUGUAGCAAAUGAGGACAAAGCACUGUAUUGUCAUUCUGCUUGUAAUAAAGAAUGAAAGAG